UUUAAUUAAAAAAGAAAAAGUUAUACUAAAAAUUUUGAGGUUAUUGUGUACUUUCUGAAAUCUCAAGUUUCAGUACACGUAGGUUUCGAUGAUAUCUUGUAUAUUUACAAGAAAUAUGUCUCAAAUAAAUAAAUGUAUCCUCAAUAAAGUAAUACAAAAAACAGAAAUAUCUGAAAAAAAGCUCGCAGAAUUAAAACGUAUUCUGGAAGAAACAAGAAAAAUUAGAAUAUAUGAGAGAAUACAAGAACUUACACGGGAAAAUAACAUCCUGUCUAAUGAAGUUCAGAAAGCUAAAACUGAACUUAUAAGGCUUGAAACAUUGAAUGGUAAAAAGCAAUACCAAAUCCCUGGCAAGGUUGCAGCGGUGGAGUUAAGUGAACCUGCUCCAGUGAAGACAGACAUCCAGGAACCUGUUGCUAAAAAGGAAAAGAAAGAAAAGGAACCGAAAAAGAAAGACAAAGUAAACACUGCUCCUCAAGCCACAGAUUUGACUGUUGAUGUCAGAAAGUUAGAUUUCAGGAUUGGAAAGAUUUUAGAAAUCAACAAACACCCGGAUGCUGACUCUCUAUAUGUAGAAAAAAUUGAUUGUGGAGAAGAAAACCCCAGAACAGUAGUGUCUGGCCUAGUCAAUCAUGUACCCAUUAAUGAAAUGCAAAAUAGAAUUGUUAUGGUUCUAUGUAACUUAAAGCCUGUGAAGAUGAGGGGUGUCACUUCUGAAGCAAUGGUAAUGUGUGCCUCAUCACCUGAAAAGGUAGAAGUUUUAUUACCUCCUAAUGGGGCUGCACCAGGGGAUUUGGUACUAUGUGAGGGAUACCCAAGAGAACCUGAGGCCAUACUCAACCCCAAGAAGAAGAUAUUUGAAACUUGUGCACCAGACUUGAAGACCAAUGAUGAUAAAGUAGCUUGUUAUAAAGACAGUCCUCUUGUUAUACCUGGUAAAGGACCAGUUGUCGCACCUACUCUCAAAGGAGUGCCAGUGAAGUAAAAAUCAUUUAACAUUACUAUUUUUGACAAUUCUUAAUAUUGUAAUCAUUCUUACUAUAGUCCAUAGUACUACUGUUAAUAAACCCACACUAGCUAUGAUAAAUACAUGAAUACAGCCCCUGUGUCAAAAAUGCAAUACAUGCCACCCUACCAAUAAUAAAUAAUUAAGCAAUUACAGGUACUUCAUAAGUAACUAAUUGUAUUUAAUUUACAGUGUAUUAUAUAUUAUUAUAAACUAUUUUAUAUUAUAUAUUAUUAUUAAAAAAAAAACAAGCAAUUAUAAGUAUUUGACAGUCGAGUAAAGUUUUCUUUGGCUGUCUAAUAGUGAAUGUGUCACCACUUGUUUAUUUUUUAUUAUCGGUAAGGUGGCUAGAGUAUAAAUAAAUUAUUAAAAUGAA